CCUGCUCGUAUGAGCAGACCGUGACACAGGUGUCCCCUGAGGUGGCACUCAGUGCUCCGGGCCAGGGACAGGGUGGGGAGGUCCCGUCCAGCCUCAGGGAUUCUGUGAUCACCAGAGCAGGGUGCUCUGAUCCCAGAGCCAAAAGUGCUCACACGUGAAAUUUAGAAGGAUUUGCUCCUCAGGCAAGUGAUUCAUCCCUGAAACAGCCGUGAUGUGAGUGAAGAAAAGAGCAAACCAGCCCCCAGAGCGGCUCCAGGAGGGAGACUCUGCCCCCAGGCUGAGGGCAGGGGCUUUCCACGGGCUCUGCUGAGGCUUCCAGUGCCAGUGGGUGUGCUCAGGUGCUCCAAGGAGGUGCACUGCUCCCCCUCAGCACCUGCAUUUCGGGCUGGGGUUUGUGGGGGUUAUUAUUUUCCUUCCGAGGCAGCAGCCUGUGUGUCAUUUGCUGCCUUUCGCAUUUGUUCCAGGACUUGUUCCACACCCAGAGCCCUGCUGGGCUCUUCUGCCUCGUGCAAAGGGCAGAUCCCAGCGAGGGGAGGAAGGAGGGUCUGUGGUGGAGGGCCAGGGCUGGGCACACACCUGCUUUGGGAAGGCAAGGCUGCAUUCCUCCCAGGCUGGAGCAGCCAGCUGCCACCCAAACACUGUCCCCUGUGCUGACAAAACUGGCACGAGCCACAGCUCCUUAAAGAGAGGGGGAAGUUCCUCCCCAGGGCCAGCACCUGUGCCAGCAGCUUUGCUGUUAAAGCUGCCCCAGGAAGCUGCUGAGCUGCUUGCGAGAGGUGGAGAGAGGGUAGAAGCUUUUCGGGCUGCGCUGUCCCCUCUCUCCAGCCCGUUCCCGGGAUGGCAGUGGCGCUGGCGGUGGCGCUGGCGGUGGCUCUGGUGCCGCUGGCUGCCGAGGCAGGCAAGGAGCCGCUGCUGAACGUCUGCAUGGACGCCAAACACCACAAGAGCCAGCCGGGCCCCGAGGGGAAGCUCUACGAGCAGUGCUCCCCCUGGAAGGACAACGCCUGCUGCACGGCCAACACCAGCCUGGAGGCCCACAAGGACCAGUCCUACCUCUACAACUUCAACUGGAACCACUGCGGGGUGAUGCCACCCAAAUGCAAGCGCCACUUCAUCCAGGACACCUGCUUGUACGAGUGCUCCCCCAACCUGGGGCCCUGGAUCCAGCAGGCUGACAGCAGCUGGCGGCGGGAGAGGAUCCUGCACGUGCCCCUGUGCCGGGAGGACUGCGAGCAGUGGUGGCAGGACUGCAGGGACGCGCUCACCUGCAAGGACAACUGGCACAAGGGCUGGAACUGGGCCACAGGAACCAACCGCUGUCCCUGGGGCUCCGUGUGCCGGCCCUUCAGCCAGGUGUUCCCCCGGCCCAAGGACCUGUGCGAGAAGAUCUGGUCCCACUCCUUCAGCUACAGCCCCGAGCGCCGCGGCAGCGGGCGCUGCAUCCAGAUGUGGUUCGACCCUGCCCAGGGCAACCCCAACGUGGCCGUGGCCGAGCACUACGCCUGGAGAAGGAGAUCCUCCCCUGCCCAGGAGGGGACCCUGGCUCCCCAGAGCGACGGCGCCGCGCGGGCUCUGCCCCGGGCUGGGCUGCUGCUGCUGCCCCUGGCCCUGCUGCUGCUGCUGCCCCGGGAGCUGGGGGCUGGGGGCUCCCCGUGACCACCCGGGCAGGGGGCAUGCCCUGCAGGAACGGGCACAAGCAGCUCCGCUUGUGGUUGCUGGGCUGUGGUACCACCUCUUGGCUGCUGACCAGAACAGGGAUUUCCCUGCCUCUGCCUCUGGGGGAAGAGCAGGGCAGUCUCUGCUCUGAUGUGGGAGCUGCUGCACAUCUGUUCCUGCCCCGGCCCUGUGCUGGCCUGGCUGAGCUCUGGUGCCCGCUGCUCUGGGCUGCUGGGACUCCCUGAGGGGUGGCUUUGGUAAUAAACCCUGGCUCUGGAUCAGC